UUUAUUUUAUAUUGUUCUCCCGCAUUUCGGCAGUUAUUUAUUCAGACCUCUCUUUGUUACUAUGUUCUAAAUGGUAUCUGCUGACGUUUCAAACGUUGUAUCCUCAUGUUGUUACUACACGUUGUUUUGUUGUGCUAAUAUGUAGCCGUAAACUCAUUUUUAACUGUAGGACGUGCGGCGGCCCCGCAGCACACUUUCAAAGUAGAGCAAGGCUGAAGGCUACUAAUAAACGAGGUAUGUUCAACAUAAAACCUGAGUUCUCUGUGUCAUGAAGGUGUUUCUCUUUUGCCCUGGCCACAUCACCAUGCUAGCUGGUGCAACUAAUCUGGUCUGGACAAUAAUAACAGUUUUAGAUGGAAAGCAUCUUAAAAUUGCCUCCUUUUUUUGCUGAACAUUUCCUUUGAAAGUAGUAUCAUGUGAGUCACACUUGUUAAGGUAAUACAUGCUAAAUGAGCCGUAGCUUUCAGUGCAUCACCGGAUGAACCCUUGCAGUUACAGUAGCUCAGUUCGGGUAUCACGUUGCCAAGGGAACUAAUAAAGCAUACAGAGAUCGGAAUGAUUUUGUAUUGAUGCAGGUUGUCAUUGCUCAUACUGAACAACUUAAACUCCAAGUAGACAAUCGCUCCAUUCCUCAUUACCAUAGAUAAUAUCUAAGUAAUAAAACAAUCAUUAUCAAAUUCUGAUUUGCCAUAGAUAAAGUGAUUUUAUAGAGGUCAGCUAUGGAUACUCGGCUGCGAGAAUUUUUAACAGAGCGGAAAGUUGAAGAAGAUGUGAUCAAGAAACUUGAAGAUGAGAAUAUUGAUGAAACUGUCAUUCCCUUAAUGACAGACAGUGACCUGGCAAAGUACAUCCCCAAAGUUGGCGAUAGAGUCUCCACUGUGGCCUUCUGCAGACAAGCAACACUGUCACGGACGUCACCAUCCAGGAAAGAAUCUAUACUCUCAAGGCUACGACAAAGACUGACAGGAGCUGAGGGAAUGCCUCCUAAAAAGAGAUUGUCUCAGUGGGCAGAAAAUACAAAUGCAAAACGAACAGUGAGACGAAUUGAGCUUGGCUGGAUGGAUUUUGAUGAAGAGAAGGGUGGGUUCAAACAGGUGAAGUCUGUAAGUGGUGGUGGAACAAGGCAUUUAUCUGUAGAUAAAAAUGAAACAGUGGCAAAUAUCAAACUUAUGGCUGAAAAUCUUUUUUUCCCCAAUGGCAUCUCAAAAAAACCCAAAAGUCUUUCACACUAUUCAACUCAUAUUGAGAGCUCACAGAUGCAUGUGGAUGCUUCCAGUACAGUUGAUGAGUUGUAUAAGCAAAGUAAGGUCAAAAUUCUGCGACUUUAUCUGUGUACCAGAAAGAAAACACAACAGCAGCCCCAAGACGUAGAGGCCGAUCAUGCAAUAACCCAGCCCUCUGUGGUAGAUCUCACUGACAAUGAACAUAAUCAGGCCGCUGAUGAUCUGUUGGUGGAAAACAUAAAUUCAGAACCAUCAAACCACUUUGUAAUUAAUGAUGGAGCUUCCAUAAGUGGAUAUUUGGAACUGAAUGACGCACUACCAUGGGAUGGUCUGCCAAUUGUAGGUGAAAGUGAAGAUUCUGAUGCAGUUGUUAUUAUUAGUGGGGAUAACAGGGUGGAUAUUAGUGUGGUUGAACUAAACCCUGAAACACCGUUUACAGAAAAAGAGUCUGAUCCACCUCAUCACACAUCGUCUCUCUCAGCGGGGCUGACAGGAGAGGCCAAUAUUCCUGACCAAGCACCCCCUGAACCACGAUCUUGUCCUGUGAUACUGACUGUUAGAAGAGGUCAUUGUCUUACUGAUUUGAUCAGUGCCUUUAAGGACUCAAACAUUAUUUCAUCUGAGGUCAAUAUCAAAAUGUUGUUACCAAAUGGAGAGCUUGAACAGGGGGAAGGAAGUGGUGUUUUGCGGGACUGCCUGACAGAAUUUUGGAUGGAUUUCUAUGACAGCUGCACAUUGGGAGUUGAGGUGAAAGUCCCAUUCAUCCGGCAUGACUUUCAGUGUGAAGAAUGGCAGGCUAUAGCUAGAGUGUUUGUUGUAGGGUGGAAACAAGCUGGUUACUUCCCAGUGAAGCUUGCAAUACCCUUUCUGGAGGAGAUAUUGUAUGGCUCGACAACCAGUAGUUUAAAAGAUUCCUUUCUUUUGUACGUCUCACAAGAAGAGCGAUCUGUUCUCCUGAAGGCUUUGGAUGACUUCAGUUCAGUGGAUACAGAUGAAUUGCUGGAAGUACUUGAUGCACAUGAGUGCAAGCAGGUUCCUACCAAGGACACACUGCUCCCUGUUUUGGCACAGAUAGGACACAAAGUAAUUAUUCAGGCCCCAAUGUUUGUAAUCAAGUGCUGGCGUCCCGUUGUGGGUUCUGUAGCUGGUUUACUCCCACCAGAAGGACUGCAUCAUUUCAUUGCAGAAAAAAAGCCAACUGUAAAAACAGUGAAGGAGCUUCUAAUCUUUCCAGAGGAGAUGACAGCUGCCCAGUCAACAGUUUCUCGUUACCUGAAAAGGUACAUUGGAGAAAUUGAUUUCAAUUAUCUUCAGCUGUUCCUGCGGUUCUGUACAGGAUCCAAUCUGUUGGAUAAAGCCAUACUAAUUGAGUUCAUAGAAACUACAGAUUUCCUCCGCAGACCACAAUCCCACACAUGUGGAUGUGUACUAAAGCUGCCCCUUGGUUAUCACAGCUAUCCAGACUUUCGCAGUGAAUUUAACAGCAUUCUCGCAAGCUCUAUGUGGGUGAUGGAUGUGGUGUAGGUCAGUGUUACCCAACCUUGGUCCUCAAGGCACUCUGCCCUACACGUUUUAGGUUUUCCACCCUAACAGUUCAUAGAUACACGGGUGUAGUUAACAGUAACAUGAAGGAAUGAUUGUCAAUGUUCAAUAGAGUGGGUGGUUAAGUUCUCUUAACAGUGUAGCCCGUUGUGCCUUUUUCAUGUGCAACCUUUUUUCAUCUGGUCAGUAUGUGCUUUCUUAAUUUCUCCCCCAAAUUAAAAUAUUAAGCUAAAGGGAAUGUUCAGGUUUUUUGAAGUGGAGUUACUUGUAGUAGACAGCACUUAGCACUCUGACUUUGCAGAAGCAGUAGUGUGUUUUGGGGACAAAAUAAGGCAACAAAUUGCUUGAUGAAUGAGAAAAAUACAUAUACAUAUUUAAAUAAUAUUUUCAGUGCUUCACCUGGUGGGAAUCCGUACACUAAACGUAGAAGUGCAUCUGUUCCUGCUGCACACAUUGUUACUGUGUUUUUGGCUAGUGCCAAAAUCAAUUACUAAUUUUAACAUUCUAAUACUUUUUUACUACAGGAAGAGAAACAAAUAUUUCCAAUAUAGCAUACAGUAACAGUUCUACAAGCUGGAAGAUUGCUGAGUGCUGUCUACUGUAUAUGAAAAGAUAAGUACAACACCAUUACAAAUACCAUAUUCCAACUGAUUAAGCAUGUUCUAUAUUAAAGUAUUUCAGACGUUUGCAGAAAUCUUAAUAGAAACAAGAAUGUGAACCUUUAUGUUCCUAAUGGGUUUAGAAGAAAAGUUGUCAAUUACAGAGACUGAUUGUAAAGAGGUUUGUAUAACAUUUUAGAAAUAACUGUUAUUUUAUCCUGUUAUUAUAUGCAAAAUACAACCUGUUUUUGAGUAUGGUGUAUUUUGAAAGACACCAGUAAACCAUUCUCAUUUGUACAAACAUUGUCCUCUCUGUUACAUUCUAUACAUCUUUAAAC